GGGAUUUUCGGCUAAAUGCUUCGUAGAAGUCAAUUUCCCGGCCUUGAUGGUCAGUGGCUUGGAGGUCAAAUCCAAUACCACCAAGUUUCGUUUCGAAAUGUCGUCCGACUUAGCCCCGGUUAUUUCGUUCACAUUAAAGGCUGCUCCGUGGGCUCACAGUCCUCAGAUUUCCAUUUCUCCGAACCUUUGUCCUCCACCUUGGGAGCGUCCCUUGACUG